AUGUUUAGACAUAUUUUAUUAUUAUUAUUUAUUGGACUCUCAUUAGCUGCAGGUCUUUAUGUCUUUUCAUUGUUUGUUGAAGAAAAACCAUCUCAUGCACAAAGGAUAAUCAAAUAUUUAAUUGUUGGAACUACUCUUCAAACUUUGUUGUGCCUUCGAUUUGUUCCAUGGUAUGUUGUUAUUAUAAAUCUUAUUUCGCAAGCUAUUUAUUUUAUGUUAUGCAAAGACGUUCCUUAUAUUAGUUACAAGUCACCUAUUUUCUUUGGAGGGUGUGUUGCUGCUGUGUUAUCUCAUUUGGUGUUUGCUAUUCAUUUCCUCUUGUCUGAAGAAUGGCAUUUUUGGAGAUUAUUAUUAAUUAAUAUCUAUACUUUAUGGACCGUUCCUUUGUUGUUGUUAGCGUCUGCGGUCAUUGCUCCAGAGGCAUUGGUUGGCUCAGGUGAAGAAAAAGAAUUAGAGCAUCGAAGUUUGUUUGCUCGAGUUUUAAAAGCAAUUUUUGGAAGAGUAACAAAAUGGGUUGAGUCACUUCAAUGA